AUGCUGGGAGGCAGCCACAUUGAUGAAUACUUUUUGGACUACAUCUACGUACGCGAAGGGCCAGUGGACGAGGACGUGUUUUCUUUCCUGCCAUCUUCGAUGAACUGUACCGAGAUGCCUGGUGAUGAUGGAGGUCCGUCACGCAUCCCUAAGCAAGAUAUCCACAUGCUCAUGCCUGAAGGCUCCACAGUGAAGAAGGAGAUCUUCGACAACUUUUCUGCAACUCAUGAGAAGGAAUACAACGACGACGCUGAGGCUGUUCAGCGCAUGGCGACCUUCCACCAUAACCUUCGCUUCAUCAACGGGGAAAACCGCAAGGGACUGCCAUAUCACUUGGAGGUGAAUAAGUUCGCUGACUUAAGUUACGAAGAGCGACGUGCACUGCAUCGUCCGUCGCGGGUUAAACGCGCCAAGGAUAACAAAGCGAUGGCUGUGCAUGAACUUUCGACUUUCGAAGACCCCGGAGACGUGGACUGGCGAACUAAGGGAGCUGUCACGCCGGUAAAGGACCAAGGCGCUUGUGGAUCUUGCUGGACCUUCGGCACGACUGGCGCUUUGGAGGGUGCGCUAUUCGCUCAGCAGAAAAAGCUGUACAAUAUGUCUCAACAGAACCUCCUGGACUGCUCAUGGGACUAUGGCAACAACGCGUGCAACGGAGGCUUAGACUACCAGGCCUAUGAGUGGAUCAUAGCCAACGGUGGACUCGAAACCACCGCAACCUAUGGGGCUUAUCGGAAUGCGCCCGACUACUGCCACUUCAAUGUGGACAAUGCGAUCGGACGCAUGAAAGGCUUCGUCAAUGUCACGAGCGUGCAGGCUCUCAACGAUGCAUUGGCGACGAUCGGACCGCUGUCUGUGUCCAUCGAUGCGAACCUCCCGUCGUUUUACUUCUAUGGAGGCGGCUACUACGACGAUGUCGAGUGCAAGAGCGACUUGGACAGCCUCGAUCACUCGGUUCUGGCAGUCGGAGUCACCACACACAACGACCAGAAGUACACGCUGGUAAAGAACUCGUGGAGCACGCACUGGGGCGAGGAUGGCUACAUCAAGAUCUCACAGAAAAAUAACCUGUGCGGAGUCGCCACUGCCGCUACCUACCCGGUGCUUGCGGACUGA